CCGUGGAUAAAGAUGGCUUCUUGGGUGUCUAUGAAAGCGGUGGUGUUGGUGGGGUUCUCUGCAUGUUUCACGCUGUUUUUGGGGUUUGGACUCCCGUCGGUUGUGGCUUUUAUAGCGCAGUACUGCGGCUUCAAUGAGGAAGCCGGACCUGCGCAGAGCCUGGCAUUGCUCUACCUGCUCUUCGUGUUCUAUGUAGCUCUGCCCAGACUUCCCCGGGGGUCUGUACAGGUGGAGGGUAAAGCUGUGUUAAUUACAGGAUGUGACAGUGGGUUCGGCCAUGCUUUAGCCAAGCACCUACAUAAACUGGGCUUUACUGUUUUUGCAGGAUGUCUGCUGAAGGACAAGGGUGGUGAGGGGGCAGUGGGGCUGGAGAACAUGCAAUCUGACAAGCUGAAGGUGAUACAGCUGGAUGUUUGCAGUGAUGAGCAGGUCUCCAAAGCUGUAGAAUUUAUCAAGGCCAACCUGAGUGAUUCAGAAAAAGGUCUGUGGGCUGUGGUGAAUAAUGCUGGCAUUUCUACAUUUGGAGAGGUGGAAUUUUCCACCAUGGAGACAUACAAGCUGCUUGCAGAGGUUAACCUGUGGGGAACCAUCCGAGUGACCAAAGCUGUUCUGCCUCUUAUCCGCAAAGCAAAAGGACGUGUGGUAAACAUUGCCAGCAUGUACGGCCGGAUGGGAAAUGCUCUGCGUUCACCAUACUGCGUCACCAAGUUUGGAGUGGAAGCCUUCUCUGACUGUCUCAGACACGAGAUGAAGUCCUGGGGCGUCAAAGUGUCAAUUGUCGAGCCUGGCAAUUUCAUCGUGGCUACUGGGAUUUUGACGCGUGACAUUGUAUCUACCAUGGCUGAGAAGUUGUGGAAGGAGGCGCCCACAGAGGUGCAGGAGGAUUAUGGGAAGGCUCAUUUUGAGCAGCACAUGGCUCUGAUGCGGUCCUACUGCAACAGCGGCGAACAUGAUGUGAUGCCUGUUUUGAAUGACAUCACAGAUGCCAUCACAUCCAAACAUCCAUUCACACGCUACAAUCCCAUGGAGCCUUACUGGUGGAUCCGCAUGCAGGUCAUGACACAUCUCCCAGCAGCCAUUUCAGACCGUCUCUAUUUCUGAAAAGCAUUUCAUAUUCCUUUUUAACAUUGUAUGUUAAAAACUACAGUUAAAAUGUCAAACUUACAAAUAUGAUCUCUAUGUUUAUUAACACAUAUUGAAAUCACUAUUGUUUAAAUAAAAA